CAGUUGAAAACCGGCAGUACGAAGUCGUGGGAUUCCUGCUUCACUCCAGCGACUCAAGUAUUUUGUCAACUAUUGGCAUAGCAUUAGAAAAUGUAGCCCUUUGUGGUGAUGCCAAGACGGCAAAGCUGCUGGUCAAGAGAUCAAGUUUCCACGACGCAGCUCGAGCGCUAAAUACUGCAGCAAGUAGAAACGAUUUGGCCAUGGUAAAGGUGCUUGCAGCCAAAAGUGGAGAGUCUUACAGAGUGGAUACGUUCAAGGUUGGUGCGAUGGUACGAGCAGCAAAGGAUGGACGCAUGGAAGUGAUGGAGACAUUGAUCAACUACAGCAAUAACCGAACAAAGGAAGAAGCGGUACUGCAACUCUCGUCCAUUGCGAAUACGGAUGUGUUGAGCUCGAUUGUCGAGCUCGAUUGUCGAGAAAUGCGAACUGAAAGCGUAUGAAUAUCUCUUCACUGACGCCGCAGCGAAAGGACUAACCGAGCUGGUACAGCAGUUGAUGCGUCGAGUGGAUGUGAACACCGUCCGUGGAUCUCUCGUAGCCGCCGCUAUGAAUGAACAUACAGAGGUGGUUAAAAAUGCUGCUUGACAAAAAUGAUCUAUCAAACGUAGUUAAGAUUUGAAUACGGUUUGAAGUGACUGAUAAUGCGUAUGGCACGGAAGAAAACCGGCACCCGAAAUCGUUGAAUUGCUGCUUUACUUUACAUCCGUGUGAUCGACAAAAGUACAGCUUAGCCACAGACGUACAGUAUACGUUAAGUUUAAUGAAUAUUGAUCGCAAA